AUGAUCCUAAGGACAGCCUUCGGCUUCCUAUGCCAUUCAGGAAUUCUCACUGCAGCCAGUCUGUCGGGCACGUCUAGCUCGAUCGAAAACUGCUCCGAAUUUACCGCAUCCCUAUCAGAUCUCCCCACAGGAAGCAACAUCUUGAAGUCCACCUUCGUUCCAGCCAACUCUCUUACUGUAGACGGCACCAACAACACUCUGCCGUUUUGUCGCAUCCAUGGCAAUGUCGCCUACACAGCCAACAACACCGUCAACUUUCAACUAUGGCUGCCGUCUAAAGAUGAUCACAAUGGAGAUUUCCUAGUUGUAGGAAACGGCGGACUGGGCGGCUCCAUGAUGGAGGACUGGAUGAUGAAGCACCUGCAUCUCGGCUUUGCCAUUGCUGCCGGUGACGCAGGACAUCGUGUAGCCGACAACGGCGGGGAAGUAACUGCGCGUCCUGGGCUUGACCUACCCUUCAUGCAUGAUCCAGACCAGCUCCUCGCCUGGAUCAGGAAUGGGGUCGCUGCGAUGACGCCAGCCGCACGACAAGUAGCCGACGCCUUCUACCAACCGCAGACCACCAAAAAGGCUCUUUUCUACGGGUGCUCCACCGGAGGCGCGCAGGCAUAUGCGCUCGCGCAGUACCACCCGGAGCUCUUUGACGGCAUCGUCGCGUCCUGUGCAUUGGACUCCUUCUCUCGCCUUAUGAUAGCGUUUCUGUGGAGCCGCGAAAAGACAAAGGGCAAGGCCGAGUUGUCUCUGAACACGUUAAAAAUGAUCAGGCGUGAGGUGUUGGACAAGUGUGAUGCCCUGGACGGCGUCGUCGAUGGCGUCGUUGAGAACCCGCUAGCCUGCGAUUUUGACUACCGCACCCUUGCCUGCGUCGACUCCCAGGGCCCUCCGUCUCGCUGCCUGACCCCAGCUCAGAUGAAGGCAGUCGAGGCCUUCUCCAAAGGACCCAGAGAUGUCCGCACCAACGCUACCAUCUAUCCGGGAUUCCCUGUAUCGACCGAGACGGAAUGGGAUCUCCAACCGGCUUGGCUGGUAAACAUUUUCGCCACGCCCCUGAUGCAGAAUCUCGUCUUCAAGAAUCUCACAUGGGACCCGGACACGUUCGAUUUUGGUCAAGAUGUCGACAGAGUCCAACGCGAGGCGGGUGAAUUUAUCGAUUCCAUCAGUCCCGACCUGUCGGCCUUUCGCAAGGCCGGUGGCAAGAUGAUUGCCAUCCAAAGCUGGGCCGACCCGAUGGUGGGGUCGAUGCAUGCGAUCGACAAGCUAAAGGCGGUCGAGGAGAAGCUUGGAAACGGCCAGGGGGUCGGUGAUUUCUUCAGGCUGUUCAUGGUGCCCGGUGGUGGACACUGCACCUCGGCCAGGACCUACCCUCAGGUGCCAGGAAACUGGCACUCCACAGAGGCUUUGGCGGCCUGGGUCAAGUCUGGAACACCGACGGAGGAGAUAUUAGGCACCGAUCCUGCAGAUGCCAGUAAGAAGGGCAAGACAAUCAAGCUGUGUCCGUGGCCCAAGACGGCCAAGUUUGUCGGGGGUAAUCCGGAUGAUUGGACCUCUUUCAACAUAAACAAGCAAAUUUCCGGUUGAUUUUGAGGUCUAAUGUGGAAGCUCGUCAAUAACUGCCCGGUCAUCG